AGCAGAAAGCAGAGUGGGGGACGACUACGUUAUGACCUGACUCUAGAAUAUUUGUCAGAUUUUCUUUAAAUGCUAACACCAUGAAGACUCAUCUACAGUUUCUUCUCCUUAUUCAGGUUUUUGAAGCCUGUGCAGAGGUGAUCUUUCAGCGGCUGGUGGAGGACCGGUCUCUGGUUCUCUCCUGCACCCCUCAGCAGGAACGGGGUCAUCUGGUGGGACUCCAUCUGUACCACCGCGGCCCCCAGAGCCAGACCACCCUGCUCUCUGUGGCCCAGAGCAGCACGGUCAGGAAGGACCCAGAGCGCGGGGCCCGUCUGCAGCUCAGCGGGGGGCUGAACUCGCCAAGGAUCAACGUUAGCAUCUCUCACCUGCAGCUGAGCGAUACGGGACUUUACACGUGGGAGCUGAGUUACAGACAGAAGAACAGCUCAGAUCAGGUCAUCCUCGGGGCACAGAGGUACUUCCUGCUGGUGGAAGGGGAAGGGAGGUCAUGUGGGUGCUCCCAUGGUUACAUCCCUCUGCUCCUCACCAUCUCUGCAGCAGCAGGCCUUCUCCUGCUGACAGUGAGCUUGUUGGCCAUGGAGAAAUGUGUAAGAAUAAGGCAUCAUCGCCCACCACAGCCUCAUUCUCCCAUCUAUGAGGAAAUGAGCAGGAAGCAGCAGAGCGCAGGAAGCCCCAAAAUAACCCAGGAAGCCUCUCCACAACCGGAGGAAGUCAACUUCCCAGUUUACGCCAACCCAAACAUCCGACAACCACAGGACAACUACUACGCCUGUCCCCGACAGCUGGCCGUCAGAGUGUGAACUUCGGCAACACACCGACAGGAAGUGACGUCAACACCAUCAAUAAAAACAAGGACAGCCAAACGGACAAGAAAAAAAAAUGCUAUUUUAUUAAUAUUUGAAAGAAGCUCCAUAGUUCAUGAAAACAUUUGUUUCGGUGCAUGUCAUUUAACAAUCACAUUCUAUGAGGAGAAAGAUAUACAGAGAAAACAAAAAUAAAACAUUACAAGCCACUGACUUCUCAUUAACUCUCAGUAAGAACAUUUUUACUUAUUUAAAAAAAAGGAGAAAAAAAAAAAAGCAGCCCUAAUCCCACCUCCCACCCUCCAUAACACAAAACUGAGGAAAGGAAACAAAGAUCAAAAACCCGUGAGGGUGACAGGCUAGAAUCCCACAGUGCUAAAGUGUGAGAUGCUCAUUGGUUUAGGAAUACACAGCAUGGCGAUGUAGCGCUAGGUCAAUCUGAAGAGGGACCAGGGGGGAAGCUGGAGGUGGUGGGCUUCACCCCACCCAUCCCCUUAGAGAACAACUAAAACACAUAAAAACACAUCAGAACCCCUGCAAUAAAACAGCCACUUAGAAGAAGCGGGCCAUAAAAUCCCCCAGACCUCCGUUUACCUUCUGCCCCGCCCAACACUUGUGCAUAGAUUCAUGAUCCUUUUACAACCAGCUCAUGUUUCACAUUACAUCCUCCAAAAAGAUCUGAAACAAAAAUGCUCCAAAACAAGUCUGAUUAAUCUAUUAAUAAUAAUAAUACCCGCAGCGGGAAAACGAGAGAGACAGAAAGAUUAAUGCACAAUGUUCCUGAUUCAGUCAGGACGGGACCUCAUUAAGAAAAACAAAAAGAUUCAAACAUACAGCAUUUGCAUGUUAUUCACCUUAUUUUUUUCUUGUUUUUUUUUUAAACAAACUCAUUGACCACUUUUGUUUUUAAAAGUAAAGCAAUUUUAAUAUAUAGAUUUAUAUUAUAAAGCACUCCAUUCUUGUUUAAAAGUCCAUUAUUUGGUUAUUAUGUAACUGCUACGGAUUUAGAAACAAAAAAAGAAAAGGUAUUUUCUUCUGAAAUCCAUAACUUUCAGUGCUUAAAAUUCUGUCAUUUUUCUUCUUGUUUUUUUAAACUCAUCAUACAUAAAAAUGUACAUUAAAAUGGCGUGGAGUUGGUACUCUGGAACCCUGGCUUUCCUGAGACAAGAUCCACUUUAAUCGUGUGUGUGCAAGAUAGUGAGCCUUUUUUUUUUCUUUUCUUUUUCUACAAAGAAAAAAAAAAACAUAAUACAUAAUCAACACAAAAAAGACCAAACAGAUAAGUUCAUGAAAUCGACAUCAACACAAAAGGAAGAAGGUUAACAGAACAAGACAACACUGUUCAAUCCCAGAGUUCUGAAAGUAGCACAGGAAAUCUUCAUUUGUGUAAAGUGUUUUUUUUUUUCUUUUUUAAAAUGGAAGCAUUUGUCCUUUGCUUUCUUCUUCCAACAUUCGCGUGGUUUGAUUCCUCCUUUGUUUUGCUGAAGAAAUAAAACUGUAAACUGUCAGUGGCCUUGCAAGAAAAGAAAAACAAAAAGAUGACAGGACUUAAAACAAAAAAAAAAAAAUAAUAAUAAUAAAAAAACAGAAAGGUAGGCACCUCUGAGGUGAGCCCUAGAAGCCAAGGCUCGGUCUGAUGUCUCGCUCCUCACUCUCCGUUUGCUCAGAUUCGGGAGAGUUAAAGUCCCUCUACCUCCAAUCUAUGGCCACAGGUCUGUAAAAUACUUUCUUUUUUUUUUGCUGUAUUUUUUUUUAUUUUUGUAAUUUUUUUUUUUACAUAUAUGAUUUUUUCUUUUUAAAGUUUACAGUCUGAAAAAUGGUGCAAUACUCAAUUAUGAUCCAUACUUUCUUGGAUUAUUCCACAAUGAAAGCCACUAAGGUAGAUAAAACAUUACAUAAGAAAACAAAACAAAACAAAA